GUAUCUUAUUAUUUCUAGGUGUCUGAGUUCACAUUUCAGCUGGUGCAAGAUCUAUGAGAAACACCUCAAGUAUCGAGAAACCUCUGAUGAUGAAAGUUCCGACAAGGAAGAUGUUCCCCCUCAUGUUGAAUCCUCUCAGGGGGAAUCGGAUACUUCUGGAGACCUUAAUUCUGGAAACAACACCCCCAAAUGAUUUUGAAAGUUCUGAAGGAGAAGGAGAGCGUAAAAGGAAGAAGGCCGAACGUAAAAAGAAAGCCAAAAAGGCCAGGUUGGAAAUUGAAGGAAACAGUACCUCGGACGAGGACAGCGAUCUGUCGAGCGCCUUUUCCGACUGCAGCCUCGACGAGGAUGAAGAGUAA